AUGCGCUUGCACCAACUUUUGAGGGCAGAUGGUGCUAAGCUUUUAUCUAAACAGGCACUUUUGUCAUCAGAAGUAGCUUCUUCUAUGAUGGCGCUUGACUUUUCUAGCUGCUCGCACUCGGCGCAUCCCUUUGUCUGUGCGAUCGACUGUGAAGACGGAGUCAGAUUCUACAAACAGGCGAUUCUCUGGAAGAUGCCCACGACGCUGAAGGAGCAGGAGCAAAAGAAGCACUUGCAAGAGGAGGGGCCACACGAGAGUCUUCAAGAGUCGCCCAACUUGAAAGCACAGCAGCAGCAACAGCCGCAGCGACUCCAGCAAAAGCUCCACAGUCAUGUCACUGGGCUUCGUAUUUUGGAAAUCGGCUGCGGUCCCCUGGCGCUUUUAUCUCUUCUUGCUGUGCAGCAAGGCGCUGCCCAGGUCGAUGCCGUAGAAAGCCUUACGGGACGUCGCUGGGUCUCUGUAUCUCGGUCAUCUUACACGUUCAGUGGAGAAGUUCUACCACAGAACGGCUGUUCAGAAACCUUCGGACCCAUUGUCAUCGACUUUGAUGAACAGGCCUGCUGCGUCCAGCCCACGAACUGGCCGUUUACCCGCAAACAGGGUCUCGAAGAAUUUGCAAGAGCCUGUUGCAGCGUAUGCGCUAAGGCAAUAGCGGACGCAAUUGAGCCUUGCCAAGCAAAGUUUGUAUCGUCGAUCAUGUAG